CUAAACUCUCGAUACUUUGUCUUUUUAUUUUAAUUGUUUGGAUUUUGAGUUAUUUUUAGGCGUCGAGUGUCGUGAUAACGAUUUUUGCCUGCUUGAAGUAUGAAAUACAUAAGACCUGCCAAUAUAUACCUAUUAAUCUAUCAAGGAAGGGCCGGAGCGCUAGCAGUAUCAUGCGAUUUGGCUCUUGCGCUUGUCCCACAAUGCCUUGAUCAUCGGCGAAAUGGACCGCGGGUUGAGGAACCAACGCUCCUUGUCGGGUGAUGCUUUGAGGAACGACCGCAGCAGCGCGCGCUCGUCGAUGUGUUCAAUGCGUUCGUACGAGUCAAAGAACGUCACGUUGUCCUUCCAGUUCAUGCGCCGCCACAGGUGCAUGGAGUUGGCCCAUUCCUUCAUGAGGUCGUGUGUGGGGGCACUGAAUUCGAGCACGCGGGUCUCGCCGAGCUUGAUGCGACGGCCUUCGAUGCGCGUGACUUCGGUCGACGAGACUAUGAAGCGAUGGGGAAGCAAGGUUGGCACUUCGCACUCGGCCUUGACCUUGGUGAUACGCCCCGGUAGCGACAAGCACCCGAGCAUCACCCCACCCUUUUCCGAGAAAAACUUGAGGUCGCCAUCCGUGAACACACAGAACACCAUCACGGGCUUGAGAUUUCCACUUCGAGGAUUGUGCUCGAUGAGGAUGAGGUAGCCGUCACGGUACAUGAGGGAGACGAAGGAUAUGGCGGCGACACGAGGAAGAAAAUGGCGGCGGCGCUGUCGAUGGUUGUAUCUCGUCUGACAGCGAGUAUUGUCAC